AUGCUGGUGAUGCGCAAAGCUAUGCUGUCCAAUCCCCGAGAAUUGAGCUCUAUAAAAACCCUGUUGUUGCUCCCAUAACGUGUUACAGCCACUCUCACACCAUAAGGAUACACACUUACAAUGCCGUUAUCUUUUCGAAUCAUAAGAUUGAUGUGCUGCAUGCCUUUAUUCUAAGUCCGUUUUAGGCUCGUAAAAAGACGGAGUUAGACUUUUUUUUAGCUUGUAAUUUUCAUUCUUCACUAAAUGUAAAGUUCUGGAGAUAAAUGGAUGAGGAUAGCCAUAAAACAGCAAAGAAAACAGAAAAGGAUUAUAACGUCAAAACUUAAGACUUAAGUCUUGCAACAGGAAUCUUUGUCGUAUCCUCCAAAGGAGACUGGAUAUGGAAUGGAUGUCAUGAACGGAAGGAAUACUUCGCAGAACUGGGGGGUGCAAGAGGAACUCCAAGAGGAUGAUGCCUUCGGUUCUCUCUUUGGUGUUUUAAAUAAUUCCAAUGUCUUGUUAAACAAAACAAAUCGUUCCUGGGAGGACUUCUAUAACCUCACAGACGGGUUUGGUAAAUCCGAUUUUAUGGGCGAUGGAUGGGGUAUUCUGAGAAUAACUAUUUCUGUUAUUUAUUCCGUGGUCUGCGCACUUGGGUUAAUUGGAAAUAUUCUUGUUUUAUACUUAAUGAAAUCCAAGCAAGCAUGGAAGAAAUCGUCUAUCAACCUUUUUGUAACCAGUUUGGCUAUUACAGACUUUCAGUUUGUUUUAACACUACCUUUUUGGGCUGUGGAGAACGCAAUGGAUUUCACGUGGCUUUUCGGGAAAGCAAUGUGUAAGAUCAUUUCCUACGUGACUGCAAUGAAUAUGUAUGCAAGUGUGUUUUUCCUCACCGCAAUGAGUGUUGCUCGAUAUUACUCAGUAGCCUCUGCGCUCAAGCAUAAUCGACGCCGUCUGCGGCUUUCUGCAAGGUGGAUGAGUGUCGCUGUGUGGAUCUUAGCGAUAGUGGCUGCGCUACCAAACGCGGUGUUCUCCACAACAGCCACGGUGUCAAACGUGGAACUAUGCUUGGUGAAAUUCCCAGUCAGAAAAGGAGACGCGCCGUUUUGGCUGGGGCUUUACCACGCUCAGAAAGUACUGGUGGGAUUUCUCAUUCCAUUAGGAAUCAUUUCGGUUUGUUAUCUCCUGCUUCUGCGCUUCAUUACGAACAAAAACGUGAACACCUCUAGUGCAAAGAGACGUUCUAAAGUAACGAGAUCUGUGACUAUUGUUGUUCUCUCUUUCUUCCUCUGUUGGUUGCCCAAUCAAGCCCUGACAGCUUGGGGCAUUCUUAUAAAACUCAACGUUGUUCACUUCAGUGACGAAUAUUACACGACUCAGGCUUACAUAUUCCCUGUGUCUGUGUGCCUGGCACACUCGAACAGCUGCCUAAACCCCAUCUUAUAUUGUUUAAUGAGGAGGGAAUUUAGAAAAGCUCUGAAAAAACUGUUUUGGCAAAUUACUUCUCCUUCUGUCGUAAACAUGAGACCAUUCACUGCGUCGUCUAAGCCUGAGCAAGACGGACAAGUCAACGCUCUGGUUCCGCUGAGCCCACAGGCGCCCGCGCUCAUUUUUUACCCGCCAGGUGUUGUCAUGUACAACGGCAAGAACGACCUUCUGCCCAUCAGCACCUAACUGCUGACAGUCAUACUCCGAGAAAUGUAUGUAUCAAUUUGUUGGUUCACUGACCAGAGUUCCGAAUGUCCAUCUUGACUGCAUUGCUAAUUUGAGUGUGGAGAGCAGAAUGCUCUACCACUUGUGUUUUAUUGUGAUCAAAAUAAAGUUUUGAAACCUGUAUUUUCACUUGUAAUGCAUCACAAUCAUUUCGCUCCCCAUAGUAGUGGCGCAAGUAGAAAGUGUAUUAAAGACUGCGCUGAGAUUUGUUAAAUUGUGUGAGCUAAACGCUAACUCCUUACCCACAUUAUUCAGGGGGUUAUGAACAUAUAGCAUCAUUUCAAACCCCACAAUGUUGUACAAUUGUUUGAACAGCCGCCAUCAAUAUUCGCUGAUAUAUUACCAUUCUAGUAGGCUACAAGUGGUUAACGUACAGCAUGCAUUUCCAGUCAGACAGACAUUAAGGU